AUAAAAGCAAACAUCGAGAGGGGAGGGCUGGACGCCGGUGCAGACUUCCUCUGGGGCAACCAUCACGGGGGUGGAAGCAACCAAGAGACCCACACAUCCGGCCAGGCAGUGCGGCCGUGCCGUUCGCCGCGAGGUCUCACUCAUCAGAGCACCGGCAAGCACGCAGCGGAGCCAGGGACGGGAGCAGGACGGACAAGGGCAAGCACAGGAUAACGUGGAAAUUACGGGGACGGAAGAUACCGACUGUCAGUGCUGUCUUGGCGGACAUCAACACCAGCCGGGCUUCAUACCGCCCAGGUCAGCUCCUUUCCUGGCAUUGGAUAUGGAGACGGUGAACGGGGUGCAACAAGGAAGGAAUGCAACGACGCCGUUGAAGAUGCCGAACUAGCAAGUGAGACAGCGUCUGCCAUCGUCAACGACUGGGCCGGCACCGCCGACCGUCCCAGGUGUUCCACAGGCGUUGGCGAUACUAUCGACAUGGCGGCCGCGCUCGUGGCAUCGCCGUGCCCAACUCGGUGCUUCACCUCGCCAUCACCUCGUUCCGACCUUGUAGCAACGUUAUGACGACCGGACGUUGGGCAUCAGACAGCGACAGCGUCCAGAUCAAAUCAAUUGUUUUCAAUGGUAAAGUCCAUGUAAGUCUACAGAAUAAGCGUAUCAGUAUCAAGUAUCAUGUAAAUGCACUGACGAUACUUCGCUUAGUCGCACAGGGCAACGAUCAUUCGAAGCGACAAAUUGAGUUUUGGCGCGUCGAAGCACAUCACCCUCGACACCAGAUACUAUCGCCUAUAUGCCGCGGGUUGUACACUUGAACACCUGGGCCGAAAUUGUCGGAUACAUGGCGACAGUGGAACGGCACCUACCAGUAGGGAGAGAAGAGCAACGUGCCAAAAGUGUCUCAAGUCUCAAGCUCAGAGAAAAAUGUCUGUAUCAUCGGCUACAGAAUGG